CCCGCUCCCCGCCCUGCGCGGCGGCCUCGGCGCUGCCGCCGCCGGCGGGGGUACUAUGCUCACGCGGGUGAAGUCCGCCGUGGCCAAUUUCAUGGGCGGCAUCAUGGCUGGCAGCGCGGGCGCCGACCACGGCAGCGGCGCGGACUUGCCCCUCCGCUUCCCCUACGGGAGACCCGAGUUCCUGGGACUGUCCCCGGACGAGGUGGAGUGCUCGGCCGACCACAUCGCCCGCCCCAUCCUCAUCCUCAGCAAGGACACCCGGCGCCUGCCCUGGACCACGGGCUACGCGGAGGUAAUAAAUGCAGGGAAGAGCACGCACAAUGAAGAUCAAGCCAGCUGUGAAGUCCUCUUUGUCAAGAAAAAAGCUGGAGGCAGUAAUUCUACACCAAACAAGAACUCUUCAACAAAACGGAGGUCAUCGCUGCCCAAUGGAGAAGGUCUCCAGCUGAAAGACAAUUCAGACACAGAUGGGAUCAACCUGUACUACUGGUCCUUGUUUGAUGGACAUGCUGGGUCAGGGGCAGCUGUGGUCGCUUCCAAACUGCUGCAGCACCAUAUCCUGGAGCAGCUGCAGGAGAUUGUGGACAUCCUGAGGAACACAGCCGUCCUCCCACCCACCUGCCUGGGAGAGGAGCCUGACAACCCAUCCACCAACAGCAGGACACUGACACGAGCAGCCUCCCUGCGUGGUGGUGUGGGAGCCCCGGGCUCGCCCAGCACGCCUCCAACACGCUUCUUCACUGAGAAGAAGAUCCCACAUGAGUGCCUGGUUAUUGGGGCCAUAGAAAGUGCAUUCAAGGAAAUGGAUUUGCAAAUAGAGCGAGAGAGGACCGUGUAUAACAUUUCUGGCGGCUGCACAGCCCUAGUGGUGGUGUAUUUGUUGGGCAAGCUGUAUGUGGCAAAUGCUGGUGAUAGCAGAGCUAUAAUAAUCCGAAAUGGCGAAGUCAUUCCAAUGUCUUCAGAAUUCACUCCAGAGACUGAACGCCAGCGACUUCAAUAUCUGGCUUACAUGCAGCCCCACUUGCUGGGAAAUGAAUUUACACAUUUAGAGUUUCCACGGAGGGUGCAGCGCAAGGAAGUUGGAAAGAGGAUGCUGUACCGUGACUUCAACAUGACUGGCUGGGCAUACAAAACCAUUGAGGAAGAUGACUUGAAGUUUCCCCUUAUAUAUGGAGAAGGCAAGAAGGCUCGGGUUAUGGCAACAAUUGGAGUGACCCGAGGACUGGGAGACCAUGACCUGAAAGUGCACGACUCCAAUAUAUACAUCAAACCUUUCCUGUCCUCAUCUCCUGAGGUGCGAGUCUAUGACCUCCUGCAGUAUGAGCAUGGGCCAGAUGAUGUUCUGAUCCUAGCUACUGAUGGACUCUGGGAUGUGCUGUUAAAUGAAGAAGUGGCAGAAGCUGUCACUAACUUUCUACCAAACUGUGACCCUGAUGAUCCCCACAGGUACACGCUGGCGGCGCAGGACCUGGUGAUGCGAGCCAGGGGAGUGCUGAAGGACCGGGGCUGGCGGAUAUCCAACGACAGGCUGGGCUCUGGAGAUGACAUCUCUGUCUACGUCAUCCCUUUGAUACACGGCAACAAACAGUCGUGAGAGGAGCACCAGGAGUGGUUACAGGAUGGCGAUCUUUGUGGGAAGGGCCUGUAAGAGACAAUAGGUUUUUGGUGGUCUGACCAGGACACUUCCAAUUGAUGUAAUCUAGUCAAAACUAAUGCUGGAGGGGUAUUUUUCUGCCCAAGAGGUAGGGCUCUGCACAUAUACUGUAUAUGAUUAAAGAUAACCCUUAAGACUCCAAUUUCCCUGCAGAAAUGGUUUUGGUGCUUAACAGGAAUGGGAUUUAAAUGCUGCUAGCAUAUUAUGGAUUCUGUCAUCCCUCUAGGUGGGGUGGGGAAUUAAUUUUUUUCUCAGUUUACCAUGUAGCUUGGAAGAGCCAUUUCAGUUGUGAAAGUAGGUGUCAGAAGCCAAGGAGGCUCCUGAAAUCUACCCCCAAAUAUUCAGAAGGGGACUUGGGUCACAUCUCAUUUAAGAAUAUAGAUACACAUAUAUGAGACUCAAGAGUUUUCUUCUUUCAGAAAGUUGUAUUCAUGACUUAUCUAUGGACAACUUCAAACUUAUGUAAUCCUUUGAACCCCUAUUUUCCUCUCUUGUCUCUUCUUCAGUAGACUAUACCUCCUGUAUUUUAGUAGGAAAACUGAAAUGGGUUUCAGUGUGACUAUGCCUGUUUACUGCAGCUAAAACAGUCACCCGCAAAGUUGUCCAGGAGAAACAGGUCACAGUCCUGUAUGGCAGAAUUCAUCCUGGUGUGAGGAGUUAGUUGUCAAGAUUUCUUGUUGUGUGGAUACCAUGAUUAUACAGAGCAUGCAAACUCAGCUUUAUGUGAUGUUUACCUGGAGGCCAUGGUUUCUUUGGGAUCAGAGAUUUACAUUCAUUGAAUGGUUCUGCCUGCUUUAUCCUGUUGAAAGGAUCUCUGACCAUAAAAUUCUCCCAUUAGUUGAGAUUUAGUAAAUUUGUUUGGGCUCCUGAGUGUAUUUUCAGUUGGACUUCUACUUGAAGGAGUGGUAUUGUUCUCAUUAGCAAUUUGGAUACCCAGAUAGUGAUCUAUUUCAAAGAUGGUUCAGUUCUUCCUGCCUCAUUUAUUUUCACUUCACCUGCUUGACUUCAGUGAUCACAAAGGGACAACUUCAAACUUUGUCCUCUUGGCAUUGAGAAUUGCACUCAAGGAUCACAAGAUGACUGUGAUAGAUACAAGCCUUUGGCUUGCUUCAGCAGCUGUUUUCUUAGCAGCGAUAAAUCAAUUUAAAUAAAGAAAAUUGGUGUAAAACACUAUUGACAUGAAAGCAGUAGUCCAGGAGAAAAACAACUGAGCAAGUCUGCAGUGUAACCUGGCUGCUUAGUCCAUGCAGGUAGGUCUCUUACUUCAUUGUCAGGAGUUCAAGAGAAAACAAAAUCAGAAAGAUCCAGCACACAGGAAGGAGGUACAUUGGCUGGGGAGCCAAUAUCCACCUCAUUUGUGUCCAGACCACAUUGGUGUGGAGCUGUUCAUCUGGGUUGUACUUCUUCAAUAAGAAAAAAGACAAGGAGCUGACAUCAUUGUAGGGCACUGACUAGGAAGCUCACAAGCGUUGUGUGAAGAGAAAGAGAUGCUGUGCCCUUUGCAGACUUUCUCCUGAACAGGCGUGGCCCCGAGCUUGCCGGUUCUGUAAUUUAUGAUGUGCUGUGUAAACACGGCGCAGCCUGAGUGCGGUGCAGCUGCCCAGAUGCUGGAUUUGACUGCAUCCAGAAAUACAGUUUGGUGGAUUUAAACUACUCUUGCUCCAAAUCUCUAGACCCAGAAAAGUUUCAGGAUGAAAGCAGGCAAUGUGGAGAGUGGAACAGCUCAAACAUUGCAACAAGCUGUGUGAUUUUAGCCUGUAAACUGUUCCAUGAGUUCCCUAGUGCCUCAUGUGAUAAAGCUGUACAGAAUGUGGAUGUUUUAUAUUCUAGAGCUUCAGUGUAAAUCAAUGGCAUAUCUGAUUACAUAUUUUCAUGUUUUCUUUCCUUAUUUUUUUUUUCUCUUCUAUGUGCAUCUGGGUGAAAAGAGAGGCUUGGAGUCUAGAAUAUUUUUCACAUGGCCCUUCACAUGUUUUAAAGUUUAAGCAAGAGAUCCUCUCUUGCACUAUUCUUUUUUUUUUUGGCCUAAUAAACUUGUAAACAUGCUUUUCAUGCUCUAUGUAACUCCUGUUUUCUCUUUGCAAAUGCAGUUGUGUAGCCCUCUAGCAAUUCAGGUCCUCUUUGACAAAAAAAUUAGUGAUGGCAAAUCUGGUGAAAUCAUCUGAACAGCAAAGAUGCUAGUGCUUGCUGGUACCAACCACAAGCCCAAGUCAAAUAUUUCAGUGCUCGUGCACUGUUGGUCUUCAUUUGGUAGCAUGGUGUCAACACACAUACCAGUCACUAUAAAACCACUGAGUGCAAUGUGGUGGAAGUAGAUUUCCAGUGCAGCACUUGCCAAAAUUUGAAAGUGAAACUUCAAGGCACCUUUUCAUUCAGGGGUGUUUUUAAAUGUACCCCUGAAGAGAUGGGUUAGCAGACUGCAUGGCUUGGUGGGAGCAAAGUGGCAGGUUGCUUUCUCAGAGCGUGAUCUGUUGGGCUGGUGAAUCAGCCUGCACAGUGUUUGUUGUUCAUCUGAGGCAUUGCCAUCAGUCAGGAGUUGGGCCCAGGUUGAGUUAAAUUCACUGUCAGCCCCUCUCCCAGAAAGGGCAGAAAUACAGUUUCAACAAUUAGUAUCAAUUAGCAUCAAUUAAUGAAUUCUGAGAACUUCAGUAAAAUGUUUUAUACUCAGAUUUAUGUGACUGAAACUGUUCUGUGACGCUUUUUGCUUUGCUUUUUUGUGAAGUAUUUGUUCCACAUUUAGGUGCUUGCCUCUCUGGAGUGUCUGGCACAUCUCUGAUUCAUGCAUUGGUACUUGGGCUUUCACUUUUACCUGCUUUCAGUAGGAAAUUCUUGCACACCUGGGGUUGUGCUCUGCUUCAGGGCAUGGUAUAAAUACAUAUACACAUCUAAGGCUCACACAAACAGCAGGCAGGAGUCAUUUAUUGGGGAAAUAUUAUGUGAGAAGCAAGAAUAAUUAAAAGCACUUCCAACUCUCUUUAAAGGCUGAAUGACUUUGUAUUGCACGGCAUUACAAAACACUGGUGGCAGGGAGGAUUCCUUGGUGCACGGUGCCAUUUUUCAGAUGGGUGCAGGAUGGGUACUGCCAUGUUCAGACUUGCAGCUGCACUAGGGCUCAGUGAAGCUCCUGAGUUAGGAGCAGACAUCUUGUGUCCUCAAACUGGAGCAAGUUAGGCACCAAGUCCAAAUUUUAGAUCCCUAGCAUGUCAUCUUAGUUACUGCCUGACGCCAGCAGUCCUCUGGCUUUUGCCGGUCAAGUUCCCUUAGUAUCCAAAACUGCUACAGCCUCAGCAGCAGGGAGCCUCAGCCCUGAGUUAGAUCUGUGUUCAUAUUGCUAUUGCACGCAGUAUCCUUUGUAUCCCCGUGCACAGGCACUGCUUGGAAAGUUGGGAAAAUUCUUGUCCUUCCUUGGAUAAUGGCAAGGAAAGGCGCCAGUAGAGGAGUUCCAGUAAACUGCAGCGUAACACUGUCUUCUCUUCUAGAAGCUCACAACCAAGAGGCUUUUACCAUUCCCCCAGAAAUAUUGUUGCAGAAAGUAGAACUGCCACUUCAGAUAUUUUUCUCUUGCACUACAGCCUAAAAUUUUCUUUAUUUAAGUUGAUGAAGAAGGUGGUUAGAAAUUUAAUUUACACCUGAUUUUGUAAGGCACACAACCAUCUUUUGGUGCAUUAAGACAAUAAUGCUUCCUUCAUGAACACAAAAGUGUGAGAGGGUUGAUGUUCAGUGGUCUCACACUGGAGAGAGAAUUUUUUUAAUAAAUUCUAAAAAACAACAGGGCUAACAGGCUAAAGGAAAAGUGGUCAGAAUCUGCUGUUCAUAGUGGAUUUCCAUUUGCAGUUACUUCUACAUUGAAAUAUGACAACAUAUUGUUUGUGAGGUACUGUCAACUGUCCCUCCAGGAUGUUUCUGAGGAACUGCUCUUGAUUUUUGGGCAGAUUUUUGCUCUGAACUUCUGCUAGGUUUUUAAAGAACACUACAUGCUUCGAGCAAAUCUGCUGUGUUUCUUCCAGCCUUAGUGUUUUCCUUUUAUUUUACAUUUUAUGUACUAAUACUUUCAGCAAUUUUCUAUCAAACAUGAGUGGCAAACUGUGUGGAACUGUUUUUCCUCCCGGACAUUUUAGGUAUGUAAGUAGUUUUCCUCCAUGUGUCCUAGAUGAAGACUCAGUGAUGUGGCUGUCAUAGAGAGAGUGACCAAACGAUGCUGUAACUGUGCUGCUGUAUUUCUACCUGUGAUGUACUUGAAGGAUGCCUUUCUCCACCUCUCCACCUCCAUGCUCUUUUUUUUUUUUUUAAUCCAUUGCUGUUGGUAUUCUUUCAUAGGUGUCUAAUUCUGAUUUUUUUAAUACCUGCCACAUUUAUCUUUCCUUCAAGGGGCACUUCAUCUUAAUAUCUUGAGAUCUGUACAACUGUCUAGGGUAUAUAUGUCCUGAAGAAAGGAGGACCUACUGGAGGAAGAUGUUUUGGACCAAUGUACUUCUGCUUUGUGACUGUGAAAUGUUAAUCUUUUUGUAACCUAAGAACAAAAUAUGUUUAGUAAAGGGAUAUAUUUUGUGUUUUUUGAAACUUUUCAGUGCAAUGAACAAAAGAGGAGGAUACUGAAGAAGUGUAUGUGCAAAGUUUUAAAAUAAAAUUUUAAAUUAUAUAUUAUAUAAUC